AUGGAAUUUGAUUUUCACAGGAAGAAGAAAAGAGAAUCUGUCUUGAAAGACAGUGGUUAUAAAGUGUAUGUAUUUUUCACUGCAUUGUUCAAAUAGAGUUCCUUCUAUCUUAAAAUCUUCAGAGACAUGUACAGAUUAGAACAGGAUCACUAUCCUUUCCAGGCUGCUGGACGCAUUUGGAAUCUUGACAAAUAUUUGUGGGGACCAGUCACAAACUGGCUGCUGUGAGGAUGUGACACAACCCAAAAUGGGCGGCACACCUAAAAGAGCAGAAAAAGAGACAGGACCACAAAAUGAUGUGGGCAAACCCCUCCCAUUAGCACACACCUCCAUCAAUGGGAAAAAGACACCUAGGUCAGUCACUGUUGCACUCACACACAGAAAAGGUUUUUUUGCAACUCUGUUCUGCUUGGAACAGAAGGGAGAAUGGGUGUCCAAUUUUGGCAUUCAGUGAAAUGUGCGUAUGCUUUAAGGAGAGGUGUUCAGUGUGGACAAAGUCAAGCAAACAGGAAUGGAACAGGGGGAGCAAACAGUCUUUCCGUCCUGUACAUUAUGGAUUUUUGAGGAGAUAUUGAGUGAAGCCUUUUGCAGGUGCCAUAUUAGGUAACUGGCAGGGAUUUCCCUCUGGUGGCAAAAGCAACAGAGGAAGAGGAGUGUUCUAAAACCAAUUUAGGCACAAUUUUAUAUGCACUUUUUGGAAUUCCCUUGCCAAAUGCAUACCUCUAAUUGUAAUGCUGACAUUUCAGGCACAACCGUUUUGAAUUUGCUGAACUAACAAGGCGUUUGUUGCUAGCAUCUGCAGAAAAGAUCAGCAACCGUCUCCAUCAUGACAUCUGUUGGGGCUCUCCCUUCCACCUGAGGCCUGUGAAAACUAUUUUGAAAGCGCCCAUCCCUUCUGUACAAGGUACAUACGUGGGCUCUGUGGACUGGAGGGUGCUGGGGUUUCCUUCUUAAUUUAAUUGCUUACUCAACACAGAAUUAAUAUGUGGAAUUUACUGCUAGGAGAGGGCCAUUGGUUUAAUUCCAUAAUCUAUGGACCUACCUUUAAUCUAAACAAGCAUUCAGUGACCUCUUCCUUAAUUUUGUACCAUAUUCAUUUGCAAAAGAACUUUAAAUACAGUGGUGCCUCGCAAGAUGAAAUUAAUUCGUUCCGUGAGUUUUUUCGUCUUGCGGUUUUUUUCGUCUUGCGAAGCACGGUGUCGGAAAAGUUUUGGAAAAGCUUCAAAAAUCACCAAAGUCUUCAAAAACCUCAAAAAAGGCUACCACACCGCGUGCUAUGAGUUGCUCUUCGAAGUCAAGUCGCAACUGUAAUAACGGUUUUAAGAAAAAGGAAACAAACUUGCAAGACGUUUCCGUCUUGCGAAGCAAGCCCAUAGGGAAAAUCGUCUUGCGAAGCAACUCAGAAAACCAAAAACCCUUUCGUUUUGCGAGUUUUCCGUCUUGCGAGGCAUUCGUCUUGCGAGGUACCACUGUAUUCAGUUACAGGCAGUGGUGAGAACCCAAUGUUGUGUUUUUAUCUUAGGGAUAAGAAUGUUUGCCAAACAAGAAUGGACAUUUUCUGUGAUUCCCCUUUGUGGAAUUCUGUCCCCAGGGAGACUCACCUGGCAUCUUCAUUACAUAUCUUUAGGUGCUAGGUAAAAAUGUUUCUCUUCAAUCAGGCGUUUGGCUGAUUAACAUCCUAUGGCCUUUUAAAUGUGUCUGAGGGAGGCUAUGUGUUUAGUUUGGUUUGGUUUUUGUUAUAUUAUGUAUUUUUUUUUAAGUUGUGAAUUGCUCUGUGAUCUUUGGAUGGAGGGCAGCAUACACAACUUGAUGAUGAUGAUGAUGAUGAUGAUGAUGGAUUGCAAUCAGCCCUGUGGCCAACAUAGCCAAUAGUGAAGAACAAUUAGAAUUGUAGUCCAUCAACUCCUGGUCUACAUGUCUAAAGAAUUGUGUUUCUAUGAGAAUCCUGUUCCAUUCUUCUCUUUUGUUUCCUAAUCUUAGCAAUAGAAUUCAACAGGAUUUUGCAACGCCAAAGACUUGAGAAGAUUGAACUUCACUGCAAGUUAGCACAACAAGUGGAGUCCGAACUGAAACACAGGAUCUAUUUGGCAAGGAGACCACUGCCACCAAGUGGUCCCAACUAG